AUGGAGAAGGAAAGCGCGAAGAGACGAGGGGCCCCAUGGAGUCGAAGGGGGCAACGAGCAGGAGCGAUGGGGGCGCUGGAGACCGGUCCUACCGAAAGUGGAGGUUCCGAAUUCAUGGUUGCGCCUUCCACUCGACGGCGACGGACCCUGACGAGCCCGACUUCGUUGGGAGCCUCCAUCGUCAAACUGUCGACCCUGGAUCUGCGCAUCACGGCAGUUGCAGCUUGUCACCGGAAAGGCCCGUAA